CAUGGUUGCUAUGGAUUUCUCUCAAAAGCUCUUAGAAUAAUGGCACAUCCCACCUCUGAUGUCAGAGCUGUUGAUGUGUGUGUCUGUGUGUGAGUGUGAGUGAGCAAGGGAGGGGAGCUGUAGCCUGUUGCUUAUGUUCCUCAGAUGUGCCGCUAGCACUCACUGAACAACACAGACGAAGUGGAGUUAAGGCUCCGAGCAGCAGCUCGCACUGCUCCAUCGCUUCUUCUUGUGACCUUCAUUUUCUCUCAGUCAAAUAUAUAAAAAUGAUGAGCAUGUUCAGCUGCAGGCAAACCUGAUCGACCUUGUGGUGAGGGCUAGUGAAUAAUUGCUGGCCUCCAGGCAUGUGAGACACUCUGAGAUUGGAGGCGUCUGGGUGAAAGAUGACUUUACUGGCUGGUGAUAGCUCCGACUAUGACUACAGUGCCUUGAGCUGUAUCUCCGACAUCUCAUUCAACCCACCACCCAUCCAGGAUAGCGAGGCCCUUAAGGGUGUUUACUACAAGCGUGCCCGGUGUCUUGCUAAGGAUCCUGAUGUAGAUCCCAGCCUCUUGCCUGGCAUCCAUCGCUUACAUGCUAUCAUCAAUGUGGGUGGUCUGCGCUACCAGUUGCCAUGGAGCACGCUGGAUGACUUCCCGCUGUCCCGUCUGGGCCGUCUGCGUCUGUGUACAAGCUUCGAUGAGAUCAUGUGUGUGUGCGACGACUACGAUGUGGCUCGGAAUGAGUUCUUUUUUGAUCGAAGCCCAUGUGCUUUCCGUGCCAUUCUGACAUUCCUGCGUGUCGGCAAGCUGCGGGCUUUGAGGGACACUUGCGUUCUGUCUUUCCAAGAAGAACUGCUGUACUGGGGUGUCCCAGAGGAAAAGCUCGAGUGGUGCUGCCGAAGGCGCUUGAUUCAGCAUAUAGAGGAGCGGGACGAGCUGGAGAGAGUGGCUGAGGAAGACGAGGAAGAGGAAGAUGAUGAGACUGAUGGGGGUGGCAGGGAAGGAGGUCUGGAAAAAGAAUCUCGUGUUGGUCGCUGCAUGGUCAAGCUUAGGGAUAUGGUGGAGAGGCCACACUCAGGUCUCCCUGGAAAAAUCUUUGCUUGCCUCUCAGUGCUCUUUGUCACUAUCACAGCAAUUAAUCUGUCCAUAAGCACCAUGCCUGCUAUGAGGGAGGAGGAAGAAGCUGGCAAGUGCUCCCAGAUGUGCUACAACAUCUUCAUCGUGGAGACCGUGUGUGUGGCGUGGUUUUCUCUUGAGUUCACACUGCGCUUCAUUCAGGACCGCAGCAAGCUAGCCUUCCUCCGUCGGCCUCUUAACUUGAUUGAUGUGGUGGCCAUCUUGCCCUACUACAUCACCCUGGCAGUGGAUGGCACCUCCACAGGCUCGGGCAGCAGCUAUCUGGACAAAGUCGGGCUUGUUCUGCGUGUCCUGCGGGCUCUGCGCAUUCUGUAUGUGAUGCGUUUGGCACGCCAUUCACUUGGCCUUCAGACACUGGGCCUUACCGCACGACGCUGCACGCGUGAGUUUGGCCUGCUGCUGCUGUUUCUUUGCGUGGCCAUUGCGCUUUUCUCCCCACUCUUGUACCUUAUCGAAAACGAAGUAGCAGGCACACAAGAGUUCAGCAGCAUCCCGGCCACAUACUGGUGGGCGGUGAUCACCAUGACAACAGUGGGCUAUGGUGACAUGGUGCCACGCAGCAUACCUGGCCAGGUGGUGGCGCUCAGCAGCAUCCUGAGCGGCAUCUUACUGAUGGCCUUUCCUGUGACAUCCAUCUUCCACACAUUCUCUCGGUCCUACGUGGAGCUAAAACAGGAGCAGCAGCGCCUCCUGCAGAGGCGGACUCACUUCCUCCUUCGUGGACGUGUGCAUGGUCUUGGCAGUAAUACAUCACUAGAAAGUGACGUCCUGUUUCCCAGCACCUCGUCCAAUCCGAGAGGCUUUGAUGACUAAAAAAAGGACUGGAAUAAAAUCAAAAGAACAUGGCGUGACAAUGAACCUGUGAAACCUGUGAAACUGGGCUCAGUGUGCUCAGCAGUUUUUCAGGAUUCAGGGUGAAUUCAGGUAUAUCAGAUACAUUUACUUUAAAUAGCGGUUUUGUACUUUUGUUCUUACUUUGUAUACACAAGAAAUACAAAACAUGUGGUAAGAGGACGUACAGUACAUUUGGCAGACACCUCACCUCUCAUUACAAUAUAUUUUCUUUUAAACAUCAAAAUAAAUCGAGGGCUAAUGGACUUACUCAAGAGCCUAACUGUGGCAGCUUGAACUUAUAACCUUUCGAUCAGGAGUCAAAUGUUUUAACCACUCAGCUGUAUCUGAAACUAAACUGAAUGUGAUUUUAUACUAAACCUAAUGAUUCUGGUCUAUUUCUACACAGAAUUUGAUUCAUACAAGCUUUUAAUUACUAACUGAAUUUAUUCACAUGGCAUCAAUACAACCCAAUUAUAUUAUGAUUUAAAACUGAACUUGAAAAAUAUCAAAAAUUAUCCAACAUACACUACAUUUUCAAACUUAUUUGUGCACCUCAAUAUAACACCCACAUGAGGAUCUUCACUGAAGUCUUCACUAAAUAUCUUUGUAUACUGUAGCAUUAAGAUUUAGCUGGAAGAAGUAAAAGGUUAAGCAUCUUCCAGCAUAACAGUGUCACUGUGCAAAGUCUGACGUGGUAUGUCAAAGUAGGAAUGGAAGAACUGGAAUCAUUAUUGCCAGGUCUCAGUAAAUCUCUUAACUGAAUCUGCCAAACAGCCAAGCUCCAAAAUAUAGGGUAAAGUCUUCCAUGAACAGUAGAAGUUAUUAUAGUAGCAUGGGGGAUACAGUCUAUGUGUUCCAAAUGUCCAAAAUGAACAAACAUCUCAUUAAGAAAUAGUCACACAAUGCUAAGCUUUUUAAAUAUUUUUUGCUACACAUAGAAAGUCAACAGUUUCAGUAGCAGGGAAUUUUAGUUUUAUUAAAUGGAAAAAAGAUUGAACAUUCAAGAGGGAAAAACUGUCCCAAUAUAUCUGAAUUCACCCUAUUAAAAUGCACAUGACACAAAUAUACAAUCCUGAUUUCAAAAUCAUUAGGAAAAAUGUAACGUAAAUAAAAACCCAUAUUGUAUUCACAAUAGAACACAAAAAAAACAUAUCAAAUGUUCAAACUAAAGAGGUUUAAAGGACAGAUUUAUUUUAUAUUUUUAUAUUAUUAUAUAUUAUUAUUAUUACUGUAGAUGAUAAGAUAUUUUAAAUCUUAACAAUUUCAUGUCAAAUGAAAGAGAAAAAUGUUGAUGUUAAAUUCAAAAUGUACUUAUUUUUUUUCCUUAAAUUGGUACGUUAUAUGUUUUCUGUGCUCUAUUGUGUAUAAAAUAUAGGUUUUUGAGAGUUGCAAAUCGUUGAAUUCUGUUUUUAUUUAUGUUUUACUCAGCAUCUUACUUUUUUUUUACCUGGGGUUGUACAUUGUUCUCCUUCCUAAUCUUCAUAAUGAUAUAAAAAACACAUAAGGGGUCCCAUGUUAAAGUCAUUUAGCAAACUACUUAUUGCUUAAAUGGUAAUUAUAUGUAAUCUAUUAUAUUGUACAUAUGUAUGUAUGUAUUUAUUCUUUAUAAUAUUUCUAAAAGAUUGGCAAUUUCAAAGCACAAGUUUAAAUCUGAGGAAAGUUUCUGCCCUACACUAUCAGCUAUUGAAGCACAAUCCCCUUAAGCUACAUUAAACACUUAAAGGAACGAGAUCACUGGACUAUUCUGUUACUGUUGCCAAGUUUCUGAUGAAUGAAUUCAAAAUUCACAUUUUGUAUAAUGGCUUGGAUUGAUUUCUUAAAUACACCUGAAGUAUCAAAUGAAUAAAUUUGUUUUGAUUGUG